CUCAAGGUUAAGGACAAAUGCAAGGUUAAUGUCAAGGAUAUAUAUACACUAUUAUAUCGGAUAUGCGUGGUUAUGGAUAAACAUUUGAAGGCUGAAAGGUUCGCCUGCUGUAGUCAUGACAGUGUCGGAUGUAUGGAUGACGCCAACACCUUUCAAAGAAUCGAGAUUAUGGAGAUUUUCGAGUUCUGCAGUCUUACUUUUGGUGUCCGUCUGCAGUAAAGUUAUUUUUGGUCUUAACAAACCGUCUGUGUACCGCAAGGAAGCUUUUAACAGAUGUGUUGCCAAGCGACCACAAAGUAAGCCUUUGAUAACUGUGAGCAACCACUACAGCAUGAUAGACGAUUUUCUUGUCUCGUAUAUGUUGCCAUGGAAACAACUGAGAAAUCGGCCAUCAAUACGUUGGUUACCAGGGGCCAAGGACGUUUGUUGUCGUACAAAACCAACUUCAUUGUUCUUCCAGCUAGGUCGAGUGAUUCCUGUCGUGCGAGGCGAUGGUGUAUAUCAGCACGGAAUGGACUUCUGUGCUAGCAGGCUUGACGAGGGCGAAUGGGUACACAUAUAUCCGGAGGGAAAGGUGAACACGACCAAAGAUUUUAUGAGGCUUAAAUGGGGUGUAGGGCGACUUAUUGCAGAUAGCAAGGUAUCGCCUCUUGUAUUACCUUACUGGCAUCUGGGUAUGGAGAACAUGUUUCCUACAAAGAAACCUUACUACCCUCGAGUAGGAAAUAAAAUCACAGUUGUUUUUGGCGAACCUAUUGACUUCGAAGAAGAUUUGAGACAGUUACGAGAACAAAAGAAGACAGAGGAAGAGGUAAGGAAGUAUGUUACAGACAAAAUUCAGGAGGUUUUUGCAAAGCUCAAGUCAGAGACGGAAACGAGACAUAAAGGGUUUUGUGCAACAAUAGACACAUGAAGUUUCAAAAAUAUUAUGUGAAAUUUGCUCCUAGUUGCCACUAAAACACUUGAACUGUGAAAUGUACCUAUCUGGAAGCUGAAUGGGAUUGGCCUGAUAGAUGCAUCAAGUGUUUGGGACGUGAAAAAGUGGGCACACAUUGUUAAGGUGAAAUGUGCAUGUCAGUACUAGAAAACAUAGUAUGACUCGAGUAUCAAUUUUGGUAGGUUUGCAUUUUUCAUAAUAUACUUAUUUUUUACAACAUUACAUGUACAUGGUUGUUGGAGAUAAAUAAGGAUAUCUGUUGUCCUUAACGAUUGUUCUGUCUGAAUAAACCAUUCCAUGAGUUUAGAAAGGAUCUGAUUGAAAUGUCUUUGCAUUCUAUUUUCCAGUAUUUGCACUAACAAAGUAAUAUGAGAUCUGUGUUAUUAAACUAUGCUUCUUCACCGUAUGCUGUUUGUAGUCACCAGUCUUUCAUUGUGUGCGCAUACUUUUACAUACGUUCUUAAGGUCAUGUUAUUUUUAAAGCAUGCAAGCCACAAAUUAGCCCCAUUUUAAAGAAACUACCAAACUUGCGGGAGUUCAAAUGAUGAAAACUAGCUUUAACUGCAAAAGAAGAGCGAGGCUUGGUCCUAUUUAAAAUGUACUGGCUCAUAAAAUAGCUUUAUAUUGUUGUUGCCAAAAGAAAAUGGACCAAAACUUGGAAUAUAAGCUGCAUUGUAACAUCUUUUGUUAAAUAGAAAGUGUGUUGUACUCCUGUAUCUUUUCAAGAAUGCUUUCAGUUUAUACAUUUUGUACAUUGGAAUGUAUGGAUUUCAGUGAAUAUUUUACAUGAUGUUAUUGAUGUACCAAUAGACGAAAAUACACAUGUGUUACGUUUAUUUAUGCAGAAACAGUAAAGAAUACAAUGAAAAACAAAA